ACAGUCUGGUAACUACAACAGAUGUCACUCAUGGUGCACCAAAAUCAGCUGAAAUAGAGUAGAAUAAUUUUCACACUUGUGAAAAUUUCAGUUCUACUAAGUAAUUUGUAAUUUUGGCUACGAUAUUAAUUUCUUCUAGUUUACAUUGAAAAGUACCAGUACUAAUUAUGUUACGGGUAACUUUUAACAAGUCGCACCGAGGGACAACUCAGCGAGUCACAUAUCUGUGCACAAAAAUAAUUUGUUCCAAUCAUUCCACUCUAUGUAAUAAAACUGCACGUCGACAAAACUAUGAAGAGUAUGGCAAACAAACCCAGGGACAACAUCUUCAAGAUGGGUUUCUAAAUCCUCUAAAAAACGGAAGAUUUGGUUGGUAUGUGCCUCCAUCACGUAACUAUGGUAUGCUGGUGGUCAGAAUAUUACGCGGAGCAUUAAAACUGCGUUAUAUUGUACUUGGAGGGGCGAUCGGAGGUGGUGUGUCGCUAAGUAAAAAAUAUGAAGAGUGGAAAGAUGGUCUACCAGAUAUGAAAUGGUUAGAAGAUGUUUUGCCACAAGGUGAAAAGUGGAGUAACUUUUCGAAAAAGUUAAUGGAAGUUGGUGGUGUUAUGAAGGAUGUUGUGCAAAUAGAUCCUAAGCUAAAAGAACUCAGCGAAGAGAAAAUUGCGGAGUGGAAAAUAUGGUUCGAUAAUCGUCUGGACGAUGCUAUUGAGGCAGCAGAUUAUCAAGGCAAUAAUGCUAGUAUUAUUGAAUCCAAAGACGAUAUUAAAUCAAAGGCAUCAGUUUCGGCACUAGGCCUUUCGAAUGAUGACAGUCGCAAAAAAUAUGAAAAUUUGCAAAGUCAAGUAGAAACAUUGCAAACGGAAAUUAUGAACGUGCAAAUAAAAUACCAAAAAGAAUUAGAAAAAAUGGAGCGUGAAAAUAGAGAGCUGCGACAACAAUACUUAAUAUUAAAAACGAAUAAAAAGACAACGGUGAAAAAGAUAAAAAAGUCGCUUAUUGAUAUGUAUUCAGAGGUUCUAGAUGAAUUAUCAGGCUAUGACACAAGUUAUUCCAUGGCGGAUCAUUUGCCACGCGUUGUUGUUGUUGGCGAUCAGAGCAGUGGCAAAACUUCGGUGUUAGAAUCUAUCGCUAAGGCACGUAUUUUUCCAAGAGGUAGUGGUGAAAUGAUGACAAGAGCGCCAGUAAAAGUAACACUCGCAGAGGGACCAUAUCACGUUGCCCAAUUUCGUGACUCAGACCGUGAAUAUGAUUUAAAUAAGGAGUCUGACUUAUCGGAGCUUCGCCGUGAAGUAGAAUUAAGAAUGCGGGCUUCGGUCCGGGGUGGAAAAACAGUUAGCAAUGAGGUAAUUUCAAUGACAGUUAAAGGUCCCGGGCUGCAAAGGAUGGUUUUAGUAGAUUUACCAGGAAUAAUAUCGACAAUGACAGUCGAUAUGGCGGCUGAUACAAAGGAUUCAAUUCAUCAAAUGACUAAACAUUAUAUGAGUAAUCCAAAUGCAAUUAUUUUAUGCAUUCAAGAUGGUUCAGUUGAUGCUGAGCGGAGUAAUGUGACUGAUUUGGUAAUGCAGUGUGAUCCUUUGGGCCGACGUACCAUAUUUGUUCUAACCAAAGUCGAUUUAGCCGAAGAGCUUGCAGAUCCUGAUAGAAUUCGAAAGAUUCUUUCUGGCAAAUUGUUCCCAAUGAAAGCUUUAGGAUAUUAUGCUGUUGUGACCGGUCGAGGACGAAAAGAUGAUAGCAUUGAUGCCAUCAGACAGUACGAAGAAGAUUUCUUUAAAAACUCGAAACUCUUCCAUCGUCGAGGUGUAAUAAUGCCACAUCAAGUAACUAGCCGAAAUCUUAGUUUGGCAGUUUCUGAUCGAUUUUGGAAAAUGGUACGUGAAACAAUAGAACAACAAGCUGAUGCAUUUAAAGCUACCAGAUUUAAUUUGGAAACGGAAUGGAAAAAUAAUUUCCCGCGGCUUCGGGAGUCAGGAAGAGAUGAAUUGUUUGAUAAAGCUAAAGGAGAAAUACUGGAUGAAGUGGUUACACUUUCUCAGAUAUCUGCAAAAAAAUGGGAAGAAGCGUUGAAUGAAAAGCUGUGGGAUAAACUCUCCAAUUAUGUUUUUGAGAAUAUUUACCUGCCGGCCGCACAGUCAGGUUCUCAAAAUUCCUUCAAUACAAUGGUGGAUAUAAAAUUGCGACAAUGGGCAGAGCAAGCUCUGCCGGCUAAAUCUGUGGAGGCAGGUUGGGAAGCUUUGCAAAAUGAAUUUAUACAUUUAAUGGAAAAGGCAAAGAAAUCUCCUGAUCAUGACGACAUAUUUGACAACCUUAAAGCCGCUGUGGUAGAUGAGGCUAUUCGGAGACAUUCGUGGGAAGAUAAGGCUAUAGAUAUGCUUCGAGUUAUACAGCUAAAUACAUUAGAAGAUAGGUUUGUACAUGAUAAAACCGAGUGGGACCAAGCUGUCAAGUUCCUGGAAACAUCUGUAAAAUCUAAGUUAGCACAUACUGAAGAAACUUUGAAUGAGAUGCUGGGACCCGGACAAUUUACUCGUAUAACCCAUUGGAAAUCACUCACAGAAGAUCAAUCAAAACGACGUUACGUAAAAACAGAAUUAGACAAAGUAUUGAAAAAUGACGAUAAACACUUACCCACAUUAUCGUAUGAUGAGUUAACGACGGUUCGAAAGAACUUACAGCGUGAUGGCAUUGAGGUGGAUACAGAUUACAUUCGUCAGACCUGGUUCCCUGUAUACCGAAGGCAUUUCCUAAAACAAGCACUGCACCGUGCAAAUGACUGCCGAAAAGCAUAUUAUCUUUACAGCCAACAAGGGGCGGAAUGUGAGAUAAGCUGUAGUGAUGUUGUUCUCUUUUGGAGAAUUCAACAAGUAAUUAAGGUUACGUCGAAUGCCUUGCGACAGCAAGUUAUUAACCGAGAAGCUCGCCGCCUAGAUAAAGAGAUUAAAGAGGUUCUAGAUGAGUUCAGUGAUGAUGAAGAAAAAAAGGCACAAUUAUUAACGGGCAAACGUGUUACUCUCGCUGAAGAAUUGAUCAAAGUGCGGCACAUACAAGAAAAAUUAGAGGAAUUUAUUAAUUCCCUUAACCAGGAGAAGUAAUCUGUCAUCGCGUAUGCAGAUGUCUAGUCCUUGUUCAAAACUCAUCGAAAUAACUUCAUAAUUUUGAUAAAAAGUCCAACAUAGUGAUUUACAUAUUUAUUUCAAAUUUGGUUUUCAUUAUUAAAACCUAUUAAUAAAAACUAAUAAAAUGAG